AUGGGCGAGGUAUAUUACAUGAGGAUUCUAUUAACCAAACAGAGAGGCUGUGACAGUUUUGCAAGUUUAAGAAUUGUCAAAGGGGUUGUUUAUCCAACAUUCCAAGAUGCGUGCGAUGCUAUGGGAUUAAUGGAAGAUGAGAGGGAGUAUGUUGAUGGGAUUAUUCACAUGAGUGAGAUUGGUUCAGGGUCUUAUUUGAGGCAUUUGUUUGUAACGUUGCUCUCAACAAACGCUAUAGGAAAGCCAAGAGAAGUGUGGGAUAAGACAUGGAGAUUUUUAGCUGACGACAGUUUGUACCACAGAAGAAGGUUGCUUAAAAUGCUAGAUCUUCAAAUAAAUGAUGAGGAUUUGAUGAACUUAUGUUUGAUUGAGAUAGAGAAGGUGUUGAGAACCAAUGGAAGGUCACUUAAAGAAUGGCCUAGCUUACCUUAUCCAUCAUUUUGUGAGACCUUUCGUUUUGAAAAUCAAUUUGUUGCAGAUGAGCUUAAUUACAAUAAGGAUGAAAUGAACGUACAACAUCAACAAUUGGUCUGUUCCCUAACUUAUGAACAGAAAGGAGCGUAUACCCAGAUAUUGGAUGCUGUUUUGUCCAAUAACGGAGGAUUUUUUUUCCUAUAUGGAUUUGGCGGAUCUGGUAAAACUUUUGUGUGGAAUACCCUCUCAGCUGCGCUGUAUUCUGAAGGAAAGAUUGUUCUAAAUGUUGCGUCAAGUGACAUUGCUUCAUUACUAUUACCUGGAGGUAGAACUGCUCACUCUAGAUUUUUCAUUCCUAUCACUAUCCAUGAAUCAUCAACAUGUAAUGUCCGUCAAGAUUCUCAUAAAGCUGAAAUGCUUCAGAAAGCAAGUCUUAUCAUUUGGGAUGAAGCUCCAAUGCUUAACAAGCACUGUUUUGAAGCUCUAGACAAAACUAUGAAUGACAUCAUGAAGACCCAAGCAAAUUUUGGCCACGAUAAACCCUUUGGAGGAAAGCCAAUCGAUGAGGAUGAUUAUAUUAUAGAAAUUCCCUCUGAUUUGUUGGUGAGGGAGUCCGAUAAUCCCUUACUUGAGUUAGUCAAUUUUGCAUAUCCCAAUGUUGUUGCUAAUUUGGAGAACCAUGCAUAUUUUGAACAAAGAGCACUCCUUGCUCCCACUCUUGAAAGUGUUGAAGAGGUUAAUAACUUCAUGAUGUCAAUGAUCCCUGAGGAGGAAACAAAAUAUUUGAGUUAUGACACACCAUGCAGGUCAGAUGAAGACUCUGAAAUAGAUGCAGAAUGGUUCACUUCAGAAUUUCUAAUUGAUGUUAACUGCUCUGGUAUUCCCAACCACAAAAUUGUUCUCAAAGUUGGUGUCUCUAUCAUGUUAAUUCGGAACAUUGAUCAGUCUGUUGGAUUGUGUAAUGGAACAAGAUUGAUAGUGAACGCUUUGACACCUUAUAUCAUUGUUGCAACAGCUCUUUCCGGUUCUAAAACAGGUAAACCUGUUUAUAUUCCUAGGCUUAGCUUAACUCCUUCUGAUAUUGGCAUUCCUUUCAAAUUCUCAAGGAGACAGUUCCCUAUUACUGUUUGUUUUGCUAUGACUAUAAAUAAGAGCCAAGGCCAGUCGUUAUCGCAUGUUGAAUUAUACCUUCCUAGGCCGGUGUUUACGCAUGGCCAGCUAUAUGUAGCUCUAUCAAGAGUAAAAUCUAGAAAAGGGUUGAAGAUACUUAUAGUCGAUGACAAAGGAGUAGUAUCUAAUUGCACUCGGAAUGUUGUGUAUGAAGAAAUUCAACAGACUUUCAAUGAUAAUGGGGCAGCAAGCAACAAGUGA